AUGGCGGCCUGGUUACCUCAGAAUAUACAAAGAAGGCUUCUUUUAUAUUUCUUACAGAAAAUCUCUCUUUUUUCUCAGGUUGAUGUAUCGACGCUGGACGUCUCUCUAGGUUCAAACUCCCAGUUUUCUUUCCAUCACUUAGACCUGGACGUAGAGAGUCUCAUCAUACCCAAUGUUGUCGUUAGGAGCGGCUAUGUCAAAAAACUCGAUCUCAAACUAACUGUGAGUGGAGGAGUCAACGUCAUCGCCGAUGGGCUGUCGUUCGUUCUGAAACCUUCUCCAGACGAUAAUCUGGAUACCCUCGGGUUUUCGAUAACCAAGACCGUUCUAGAUUUGACAAGCUCCAUGGUUGAUAUUCAAAAUGGAGAAGCCAAGCCUUUGGAAGCAGAGGAUUGGAGCAGCGAUGGCGAAGAUUCUCACUCUCAACUACCGAAAAAUGUGCAGCCUACUUUAUUACAGUCUAUGAGAAACAAGGGACUAGAGAUUGCAUUGGCGAAUUUAUCUGUGUGCGUUGAAAAUGCCACAUUCACUUUUCUCUUUCCCGAAAACAUUACCUUGGAGGCGACGCUAGCAAAUGCAACUUUCAAAACUUCUUCCGAAAGACGGUUAGUGGAUUUGCAGGAGUUCAAAGUGCGGUGUAUCCGAAAAUUUGAAAGCCUGAAGGAUCCCCACCUUCCCGAGGCUUCGAACGAAUCAAUGGGAACGUCCAAAACGGAGUCAACGUCACUCUAUUUGAGCGCCCUUCAAACGGCGCCAGACCCUUCGGAAGAGGAAUACUCUUCCAUGACUAACAAUUGCGAAGUCGAUCAGCUUUUUUGCAUUAAUAAUGCUCAAAUGUCUUUUGAAGGAUUUAGAUCGGUGGAUGAUUUUGAGGUGCGAGAUUUGGAGGUUAAGAUUGACACCAUCGAGGUGGGUGCUUAUGCUUUUUUUACGUCAAAUUAUCCUGUUCUGAAAACGCUAAUGAAGAUCAUCAGUCUAGAGACGUCAGCACCCAAGGUUAAAGCAGCAAAUUUGAAUAAUUAUAAAAGAUUUCAGUUAGAGCAAGAAAUGGACGGUGCUGUACAGUUUUCAUCUCUGAGCAUUUCCCGGAUCGACAUUUUGCUGUCAUCGAAACUCAGGCUUGUGGUGAAGAACUUAGGAAUCUCGAGGCGGCAAACCGAGUUGAUUCAAAUGUCUGUUAAUAACAUACAUUUUCUUUUCGAAGGAAAGAAGCACGAGUGCUUUUCACAGGUAGAUGAAUUGGAAAUAUUGAAUUUCUCGUUCAACUGCAAAACCUCCUUUUUGGAUGUCAAUUUGUAUCAUGAACUGAGAUUAAACAUUUGCGUUGAAGUUUUAGAUGAACUGAUGGAUUCGUUUGCUGCGGUGUCGCGAGCUUUAGAAGACUGGCAAACGUACACAUCUAAUAAGCGAGUUUCGUCGACAAAUUCGAGAACUUUGUUUCACAAGAUCAAUUCGCGUCUCAUUUUGCUAACAUUAACUCUUCCAGAGGGCUCUUUAGAUUUUAAGAUACCCAGUUUGGAAUCCACAGACACCAAUCUUUUAACUAUGCCCGAAUUCACAGUUACUUUUCGUGAUAAGUUCGGCAACCAUCAAAAGUUUUCGAUGAAAGACGUCGCCUUAAGAAGCCAGACAACAAUGACACAAACUUGCACCUACGAUAUUGGAUCGAAUGAGCGAUUAGUUUCUUCAAAGAGCAUUUGGACCAUAAAAGAUAUCUCAUUUAGUGGAAGGCUAGAAGACAUAUUUUGCUUGUGCAAUAGACUUCAAUUACUGUCGACACGAUUGAAAGAAAAAUUCAAAUCUUCAAAUAUUUCCAAAGCGAAAGGGCCAGGUCCCCCUAGGAAAAACCUGAAGAAGAGCGUCCGAAUUAUGAAUGCCUCAAGCAUCACGUACAAACAAAGUCUUGUUGUAAAAUGUGUGGUUAAAAUUGAUAAAAUUAAAAUUAUUAUCAAAGAAUCAUUAGGGGAGGGAUUUGGCAAUAUUGAAGGUACUGUGGAAAAGGGAAUCAUUCACAUUCCGGAUGACGGUGACUUCACUUUUUGUAGUGAAGCAAUUGGACUCAAGCGAGUAGCAAAUGGUGAGAAGGAGCUUUUCAUUUCCAAUUUCAAUUUUACAAGAGACGUUACCAAACCAUCUUUGUUGCUCCAUUUGAAAAAUGGUAAGACAUUACAGCUCAUUUUGAACACAUGCUCGCUAUAUUAUCAUGCCAGGUUGCUCGACUUUCUCCAAGAUACGAAGAAUCAGGGCGAAAAUACGAAUGGUAAGAAAACGAUGCAUCCCGAGAAAACAGCUCCCGUGACUGAUAAUAAGAGUGUAGAGUUGAAAUUGAAUGACUGUGCUUUACAUUUGAGACCUUACAGACUAAAGUCAGAGCUUCUAAUUGCGGUUAACAGGUCAAUACUAGUGAUUGAAUUCCCUUCUUUGAGUUUUCGUGGAUCACUCAAGGCUCUAUCAAUUCUUCUCAUCGAUGACCUGGCCAAUAUCAAGAGCACAACCAAUAUCACAACAUCUCUGUCGUCACAUUUUGUUAAAAGUGGCUUCGCUAAUCUAGGAAGACUUGAUGUGGUAUCCUUGUCAGGAUCAUUUAAUGAGUUAGGUUUGAAUUGUCAGGUAAAUGCUGGUACGCUUUUUCUUUCUGUAUGUGCCGAUUCAAAUCACACUCUCACGCAAGUCUUAGCGGACUUGAAGCCACCAAUAUCCUUCAGCGACGAUGCAAAAUAUCAGACGCGCAUUCCCUUGACUGAUGUUUUUGAGGAUGUGGAACCAUUCUAUUUCACUGAAGAUAAAAUACAAUCAGGCGAUCUCAAUGUUAAAGAAGAGUCCAUUGCGGUGAUAGAUGACUUUUUUAAUCAAGUUUCAGAUCUGCCUAGCAACCAGUCAAGUGUGCUCCUAGGUUCCACCGUCGCUGACGCCAGGGUAUCAGGAAGUUUGUUACAAGCCGUUGAGGGAUAUUUUGAUACCGAGAAGAGUGAAAUACCGACCGCAAAUUCUGGAGAUGACACGAACUGUAAUGUUUCGCUGUCUGUUAGCGUUUCAAGAUUGUCCAUAAAACUUUAUGACGGUUUUGAUUGGAAGUUUACGAGAAGCGGCAUUUCGGAGCUUAUUAAAACAAUGGAAAAUGAAAUACGUCAGAAUCACAAAUCUCAAGCCGGCGAGCAAGUAGCCGGAUCUGCUUUUGACUCUAUCUACAUCUUUGCACCCGGCUCUGAAUCAGGAGAAGUUAAAUUGAGACAUAUUGUCAACGAAGAUAUACAGAGUGGGCAGAAGCUCAAUCUGGAGGAGGAGAAUGAAAAAUUACGGUUGAGGCCGUCGAAAGCACACAAAGCUCUCAUCGAUGUGCAGCAUUUAAAAAUUACUUUCAAGGGUUUUGACAUUGAUGGAUUGACUAAGUCUCAGAGCAAUGAGUCUGCUGACACUCUAAAUGAAAUCAAACUAUGCUGUAACAGCUUUGAGAUUAUAGACAAUGUUUUCACCUCAACAUGGAAUAAAUUUUUGACCCGUCUGAAGGGUGAGACUCCUUUCGAAGGUGCUCCCAUGCUUGAUGCUAAGAUAAAAACUGUAAGGCCAAUCGAUUUCCUCGCAGCAACCGAAAUUAUUUUAACUGUACGUGUCUCACCGUUGAGAUUGCACGUUGACCAAGACACUUUGGAUUUUUUAAUAAGAUUUGGAGAGUUUAGAGAUACCAGGUUUGCCUUAAUUGAUGAAUAUCCAGAUAUACUUUAUUUUCAAAAGGUGGAGAUAAAUUCAGUUGAUGUGAAAUUGGAUUACAAGCCAAAAAAAGUCGAUUAUGCUGGUCUCAAAUCAGGGCACACAAGCGAGCUCAUGAAUUUUUUCAUCUUAGACGGUUCUAAAAUAAAACUUAAGCACGUUGUCUUAUAUGGCGUUUUUGGGUUGCCAGAGUUGAAUAAAGCUCUGAAUAAAAUUUGGACCCCUGACAUCACUGGUACCCAGCUGGCUGGUGUUCUUUCUGGAGUAGCACCCAUGAAAACGCUGGUAACUUUGGGUACUGGUAUCAAGGCUCUGGCUACUCUGCCGGUGCAAGAGUAUAAGAGGGAUAAGCCAGUCAUAAGGGGCGUUCAGAAAGGGGCACAAAUAUUCAUGAAAGUGGCAACUGGCGAAAUUGUGAGGCUCGGGGUCAAAGUAGCGUCGGGAACGCAAAGUGUCCUGGAGAAUACCGAGGGCUAUUUAGGUGGGAAAGUCUCAGCUACAGCCAUUUUAGAUGAUGAAUUGGAAGUGGACCUCGUCUCGGAAGCCACUUUCCGAAAAUACGAAAAACUGAUUGGUGGCAGAAAUCCAACGGCAGGCGGAAGCUCAGAUCCAGAUGCGAUCGUGGUAGAGCAAGCGUCUUCUGUUGGCUCACCUCGAGUUUUCAGCCUUUAUGCGAACCAACCAGGGACGAUUCAGAAAGGACUUAGCCAAGCAAAAGGUGCCAUGGAACGAAAUAGUUCAAUUGCUUACGAGGCAAUAAAAAGAGCACAUAGAGAAUUCACAGCAGCCGCGAACGCUCAAGAGUCGGCUUCAUCCGUCGCGCAUGCAUUGCCUGUGGCUAUUUUGAGACCUUUAAUUGGUGUCACGGAGGCGAUAUCAAAGACUCUUCAAGGUCUAUCCAAUGAACUCAAUGAAAACCAGCUACAAGAAUUAGAACAAAAGUAUAAAUCACGCAAAAGAUGA